GGGUCGAGCAUCUUGGAUACCAGCAGGAGCCCGGUGCAUCCCAAGAAAAUGACCAAGCUGCAGUUUUUGAACGUGUUCCUGACCGAGCGCCUCAUGCUAGCUGCGCAGGAGAUCUACAAGUCCGUGGAGGACACGAUCCUGGAGUACCAGGAGGAGAUCGCGAUCCGGGAGCGGGAGAACGACCAUCUGAGGCGCCGGCUGCGGGACGCUGGGAUCGAGAUCUGGCCAGAUCGUCCAUCCAUGGCGCUGCUGGAGGCAGAGGAUGGUGAGCAUCCACGACGCGAGUGGAGUCCCAGCAUGGGGCACGAGGAGCGCAUUCCAAUUCAGAUCAAAGAUAAAAGAGAUCUCCGGGCCAACCAAGGAGAGGAGCAGCUUCGGGGGCACGCCUCUUGCACCACACCGGAGACCAUGUUCACUCCUCCACGUGUUGGAAAUGAAUAUCCCCAGGAAGGCCCCCACACAUCCAACCUCCCUCAGAGUCAGGGUGUGGAGAACAGGGAGAGGGAUCCCGGCUCCCGUGGCCCCUCCAGGCACGUGAAGGCGGAGAGCGGAGGAGGCCACCGAGGCUCGACUUCCUCCAACAGCGGUGCCCAGCCUCUGGCCCCGGUCAACCCAAACUGCUCAAAUGAGAACAACAUUGAUAUUAUUGGCGUGGACAAUGCAGGACAGAUGGUUGGUGCUAAGGGAGCUGGAACUGGAGCUAGCAGAGCACCGGCCUCUCACAUGCGCAACCAAGCAGCCAAUGCCGUGGAAUGCCCAAAUCAGAAAUCCCCCCUACAAGCACACAUGUCGUCUUUCUGCUGCAAGGUUUGCGGUGAGGCGUUUAGUCACGCUGGCCACCUGCACGUGCACGUACAAGUGCACACGCGGGAAAAACCAUACCGCUGUGGUGUAUGUGGGAAAUGCUGCAGCUCGUCUGGUAGACUCCAGGAGCAUCAGCGGAGCCAUACGGGAGAAAAACCAUUCCGGUGCCAGAUCUGUGGGAAGGGCUUCACGCAGAUGGCUCACCUGAAGGUCCACAUGAGGAUCCAUACCGGGGAGAAGCCAUACAGCUGCCCCGUGUGCGGCAAGUGCUUCAGCCGCUCUGACAAAAUCAAAAGGCAUCUCCAGACCCACAGUCGCGAGGGAACAUAUUUCUCGGGGCAAUGAUGCAAGUGUGUUAUUGGAAAAACCCAGUUUGUGAAUCAUAUUGAUGUGGGAAUCUUUUCUACAAAAAGCUAAAAUCGCUGCCACCGAAGCUUUUUUCUUCUUCCUCGUGUCCAAGAACUAGGGAUUCUGCAACUCUUGGAGAAAGAUUGUUUUUUUAAUCUAUCCUAAUACUUCUCCACGCCAUAGUUCCUCAGUAGACUUUGUAUUAGCCAGUUUAGUACGCCAUUUACUUAAUUUUGUACCUGUCUCCGAGUAUUAAAUCUCCAAGACAAAUUUCAAGUUGUUAGCUAGCCUUUUGAAUAACCUUUCCUUAGUCUUCUAUUUAGCAUGAUGAAGUCUUCCACACAUGCCUUGAAACUGAGAUGCAUUAAGAAAUGCAACAAUAUCCAGCACAGUUAUCAACCAGUCACUUCAUCGCUACAAAGUUUCAAAUCUGCAGACUUGACAUUUAUCUCAUACACAUUAUUUUAGGACCUAAAAUUAAGAAUGGGUUUGUUUGAGAAAUAAUCUCCAGGUUCUAACUUAACUAGAGGAUUGGCAGGUGAAGCUAGUGUGUUAUCUGGAUUAGUCUAACACUGCCAAUAAGAGUUGGUUUUUAAUGUAGCAAUUUUAACAAACAAAAAAAGAUUGUGAAACGCCCCCCCUUAGACGUUGGACUUGUUUACAAGGAGUCUGAUCUCGCACUUGUUACCGUCAUUACGUUUGUUUCUUUUUUCUUCUCGGUGCUGUUACAUUGUUGCAGAGCUGAAAACUGCCAUCUCACAUCGUCAGUGCUUCAUGUCGUCCACUGAAACGAGGACAAAUCUCUUGGGAGACUGCUCUACUAUUUUGUGAAAUAAUGUGACAUUUUGUAAAAUACCACUAGUCUCAGAGACGAUGCAGACAUUCACUCUACAUUAGGGCCAUACGGUAUUAGUUGAACAUAUCUGUUGUUUUUCAGGGGUCUCAGAUUUGUCCUCCGCUGCGGUUGAUUUGAUGAUGGAAUUGGGUGCUUCCUCUGCCCAUCAUGGAUUGACCCCCCCUCCCCAAACAGUAGACCCUACAGUUACCUUUCUCCUCUCAGGACUAAAGCUGCAUUCAUGACACAAGGGGAAUCCAAAUACACUAACUUCUGACUAAAUACUGCUAUCACACAAGUCAGAAACUCAGGGUUUGGGAGUUUUUUUUCCCCAUUGAAUCAGUCCCUGCUUAUAAUAAAGAUGAGCAAAACAAAAUGAAACCUUCAGACUGUGUCAGAUCUCAGUUGUUGCUCAGGAUGCCAAAUCCUGGCCAAGUUCUCCAUCCCUGUGUGAUGAAUGCAGCAUGAGACGACUACAGCAUGUCCUCACAGCUGACCAGCAACCCUUCACGUCUUCUCUCCGACACCAGUUCUUCCCCUUGCACACACACUCACACACUCCACUCGACAGUGUUGUAUCAUUGCAUAUUAAAUGUUAUUUUUGAAUAAAGUAGUCAUUGAGUAUCAA